AUGGCUCACGUUACUAGGUAUCUCAUCUGCGCUGCCGUGGGCUUCGGGCUUCUCGGUUCAGCCAAAGGGCUAGACGAAGCUCUAAUUGCCACGACCGUGAACCUACCCUCGUUCAUCAGCGAUUUCCAGCUUGACAACAAGCAUCUGAGCGCCGAAGACAAAGCCAACCGAUUGUCUAAUAUCACCUCCAUUGUCCAGCUCGGCAGCCUGCCUGGGGCACUGCUGGCCUUCUUUUCGAGCGACUGGAUCGGACCACUCUGGACAAUGCGACAGAUAUGUUUGCUCUGGGUCACCGGCGUGGCAGUUACCAUCACGUCGAAUGGCAGCUUGGAUCAGCUCCUUGCUGGUCGUUUUCUUGCCGGCAUAGGAAUCGGCCAGGCAAGCAUCGUUGGCCCCAUAUAUCUUGCUGAAGUGGCCCCUUCCUCCUGUCGAGGUUUGCUGGUCUGCAUAUAUGGCACGUCUGAAUAUGUCGGUGUUGUCAUCGGGUAUUUCGCUGGGUAUGGCGCUUCAAUCCACCUAUCCGAUAAGAGCAACACACAAUGGAUCCUUCCACAAAGUAGCCAGAUCAUGAUGGCCGGUGUCCUACUCCUGGCCUCUCUUGGUUGCGUCGAAAGCCCCAGAUAUCUGGUCAACAAUGGCUACACCGAAAAAGCCAUCGACGCCGUGUCUCGUUUGUGGCGACUGCCCCAUGACAGUCCCAGAAUCGCGGAGGAGCUGCAGAUAUUCCAGGACCAAGUAGCUGCCAGCCAGAUUACGAAUCAGCAAUGGUUCAGGUUGGAGCCGUGGAAGUUGCUUUUCGGACAAGCUGCCAAUCGCUCACGGUUGCUGUUUUUGGUCACAGCGCAGCUUCUCAGUCAGUGGUCUGGCACGAAUGCCAUUACAACCUACACGCCCAAGUUCUUUUCUCUGCUUAGUGUGACCGGCAAGUCAGAAACCCUGCUAGCAACGGCAAUAUUCGGGGUUGUCAAACUUGCAUCUGGUAUUGUCUGCGCUAUAUUCUUCGUCGAUCGUGUUGGGAGAAAACGCGCGCUCUUGUCGGGAAUUACACUGCAGCUUCUCGCCCUGCUCUAUGUCGCAAUAUACAUCACUGCUUCCUCUCUUCAUGGCGCCGACUACCAGUCCGGAACCGUCCACCGAGCGGCAAUCGCUGCAAUUGUUUCGAUCUACGUGACAGGCAUAGGCUAUGCCUUCGGUUGGAACUCCAUACAGUAUCUUAUCAAUGCAGAGAUGCUUCCCUCGCCAGUCCGCACGCUUGGGACGAGUCUCCUUAUGUGCAUCCAUUAUGCCAACAGAUUUGCCCUGAUCAAGGCUGUCCCGACUAUGAUGUUAGAGAGUGCCCUGCAGCCAAAAGGCACAUUCUGGUUCUUCUUUGUUGUCGCUUUUCUGGGACUGUUGUGGGCUGCUUUCCUGCUACCGGAGACGUCGCACAGAAACUUGGAGGAAACGAGCGAGAUGAUCUCGUAG